UAUUAAUGAAAUCUAGCUAUAAGAAGUCUGUCACUCAGGUAGAUAUGAAUUCCAUUGGUAUUGAGAAUCAGAUGAUAGGAGAAAUUUUAUGUUAUGAAAGUUCCAACUGCAUCAAACGUGAGCCUGAAAAUUUGGAUUUUUAUAAUGAAGGAAUAAUUGAAAACGUGCGGUCGAUUGACGAAGAUAAAUGCAAUGAGCAGCCUGAACUCACUGUUGCCCCCAAACAAGAGACAGUUGAAAAAUAUACAUCGGCCAGUGAAGAACGAUAUAAAUCUAUCAGUGAAGAUUUGAUCGGAGAAGCUAUUGAUUUUGACUGCACAAGUUCCCUUGAAUCCCAAGAAGAUUCUAAAAUAAAUCUGCAAAAUGUCUGGGCCUCCAAUACCUCAGCUGUAGGCGAAAAAAAUGGUAAUGUCAUGAUUUCAUGUGUGAAUUCACCAAGAAGCGGGCAUGAAGACACCAAAAGUUUCUACAUACAACAAAAAAAUUUGCAAACCGAUUCUGUUUUGCUUUAUAAAUGCAACAUGUGCCCGACAAUGCACGCUUUCAAGCAUACCUAUUUUGUAAAUGACAACAUAGGGCUCCCUUCGUGUCCAUCUCAACCGAAAGUAAAGAAACCUUGGGGGAAGAACCUCACAUGCGAAGUACCUGGAUGUAAAUUUAGAACUGACAACCGCAAAAAAUUGAAAACACACGCCGCCGUUCAUUCGACUGAAUCGUAUAAAUGUGACGAGUGUGCGUUUGUUACGAAGAGCGAGGAGUAUCUAGAAAGACACAAAAACUCAAUCCACAAUCCUAAUGCAGAACGUUUCUAUUGCAAUCAGUGUCUUUUUAACACGACUCGAAAGAACAGCUGGAAAAAACACAAAAUGUUUCACGAACUCUCCAGUCCCACACCGACAACACAAGACCAUCAUCAGAAAGAUUCAAAAUAUAAAAUGUACUGCUACAACUGUUCUUUUCAAACUCACUCGAAACCUAGUUUGAAAAAACACAUGCUGUUGCAUAUGAAUCCAGAAUCACUCAUUAUGUUAAAGUGCUCACAUUGUUCAUAUACAACCAAGCGUAAGGAGAAUCUUAACCAACACAUGGUCAAGCACUAUGAUAAAACGAAUUUCGAGAUGUUGAAGUGUGCCAACUGUAACUUUGAAACUAAGCGUAAAAAUGCUUUGAGAAAUCAUAUGGCAACACAUAGAAAGUCGUGAAUGAUGUGACCAAAAAGAGAUUUCAGAUAGAGUUGGUUUUUGUACACAAUACAGAAAGAAAACUAGUCAUUAAUUAGAUCACAAUUGUUGUAAACAAUUAUGUUCGUGAAGAGAUAAUCAUAGAAAUGAUUUAUGAGUUAUAUUUACACUGCUUACAAAUUUGUUAGUCAAAAUAAGUUGAAAUGUAAUUGUAAAAUUUGGUGAGAUUUUGUAUUUCAUACUUUUUUCAAAUUAUUCUGACUUUUACUUAUUUCAAUCAUUUCCAAAAUGUUUGGAAAUUAUAUUUUAACUUUUGAAUAAUAAAUCUGGACACAUUCCAAUAUGACAUAUCCGUUCCCCAGAAAAAAAAAAUUCAACUUCAUUUUCUUUCGACAUUUUUGUUUAAUUUUAUUUAUAUUGUAAGAGCAUGCCAAUUCAUUUUUCAAUGUAACUUUGUUGACUAUACUUAGAGGUUUCACUGUAUUGUUUGCUUUGCAUUCUUCAUUUGGUAGGUAUUCUUGAAGAAGGAAUAAAUUAUUCGGAAAGCUUGGAUAACAAAAAAUUGUGAAUCUCAACCUACUUGUCAACUACAAAACUCGAUAAACAAAGAAGCUUCAUCUGUUCCGUUAGUCAAAUGAACUGAUUGAACUAUUUGUUAAAAUAUUGAACUUCAUAAAUAUGUCUCAUAUCAAAUCUUUAAAAAAUAUUUCAACAGAAAAAAUCCAGACCAACAGCCCUGUAUUCCUAUAUCACAGUAUUUCAUUUUCGUAUUAUAACAAACUGAAGCUUUUUUUAUUUUAGGAUACAUAUUAAUUAUACAUAUUGCAUCGCCAACACAUCUUAUAUGAGAUCUGAUAGAAAUACCUAUAGUACAAUUCCAUAAUAGCAGGCACUAAAUUCUCAGAAAUAUUGUAUUAAAACGAAAACAUUGUUGUCAUGUUUUUAUACCAAGAGUUUUCAGUUGUCAUUUUUCAUGGUGAUAUCCUACCACGUAGUAACGGCUAAAUCCAUCAAUUUAUACUAACUCACCAAGCCAUAUUUGAUAUCUCUAAUAAUAUUUAAUGAUGUGGUUACACAUUUUAAAAUACCCCAGUACGUGCUUGGCCUAUUAACCAAAAGACAAUAAUUUCUCACAUCUGUCAGUUAUUAAGAUCUGUAGCGCGACUGGUUUAGCUUCGUAAUAUACGGUUGUUUCAAAA